AUGUUCGACUCUGCAGCCUCUGUCAGCAAACCCAUACCAUCGCUGCCGUCGCCACUUCUUGUCCAUUCGUUGGGAGAUGAGAACAGGUCUGUCCUCAGUUUGAUGGCUGAUACCGAGCACAUAUAUGCUGGGGGACAAUGCCAAGAUAUAUCUGUCUGGUCAAAGCAAACUUGCACCCUCAAGACAAGUCUGCGGGGUCAUACGGGUAGCAUACUCGCUUUAGAGCUUGCAGAAGAGAAGCGGUGGUUGUUUAGUGCUUCGGGUGAUAGUACAGUUAGGAUAUGGUCCACUACGAGUUUCGAACAGAUCUACGUCCUGUAUCCAUACCUAGAAACAGGGGCAGGUGAUCUCUUUUCGCUGGCAUGGAAUCCCAGUCUGCAAACCAUAUACAUCGGUUGCCAAAACACCUCACUUCAGUGGUUCGGAUUUUCCGAGGAUCAAAUCGGUCAGCGAAUCAAGGAGACUAGCUCUGGCGUGUCGACACCCUCACGCAAGGUUCACAAGUUCUUUGACAGCUAUCCUCAGUACACGCACAAGCCUGCUGACCUCUUUGCCAACAAUUUUGGCUCGUUCUCGCCUCCCUCGUCGGAGAAGGGCACGUCAGUGAACACAGCCUCUGCUUUUGAUAUCCCAGCAUCGAACGUCAUAGACUCUGCACACUAUGGUUAUGUCUACUGCAUGGCAAUCGUACCGUCUUCUAGAGCAGGCUCCGAUGAUCCUCUUUCACCGUCUGGCAGGUGUCAACAACUUUUGACAGGUAGCGGGGACGAAACUGUUAAGCUGUGGAACUGCAUGUCAUCCGGACCGAAACUUCUUCACACCUUCGAAUGCUCUCAUGGUGCCGUACUAUCACUUGCAGCCAGAAGUGACACCGUCUUCGCUGGUUGUCAGGAUGGUUAUGUCAAGGUUUUCGACCUGGAAACCAAGACACUUGUACGCACGAUUAUAGUGCAGGAGAAUGUCGAUAUCUUGUCCUCGUCGAUGAUGCAUUCAGACUUGUUCACCUGUUCUGCAAACGGUCAAGUUCAGCGCUGGUCUCCUUCCUUUAACUGCACGUCAACUUGGAAAGCACACGACGGGAUUGUGCUUUCGUCUGUUAUUACUCAGUCUACCGAAGCGAAUGGCUUUGUGCUGGUGACUGGGGCAAACGAUGGCUUCGUCAAAAUUUGGGACAUAGCAGUACCUCUGGAAGCCAACGACAGUGAAAAGUUUAUCGAUAAUUCCAUUGUGGACCUGAACGGCGAUGAUGACCAUGACGUCCUGACUUAUGCGCUGUCUACAUUCGUCUCUAUUCCAAGCGUGAGCUCAGACCCGCUGCACCACGAAGAUUGUCGGCAAGCUGCCAUGUGGCUCAAAAAGUGUCUUCAUCAACUUGGAGCAGAGUCUACACUAGUGAGGAAACAAUAUUCCAGUGCUGUAACGUUGAAGAUUGAUAUUAUCCUCCGUAGCUACCCACUUGCGAAAUGGGGAAUCCUGUUGUUUUGGCAACCUUUUCAAGGCACUCAAGGAGAGCAACCCAAACCCAGGAUACUCUUCUAUGGGCAUUACGAUGUUGUCUCAGCACCGAGGGAUGGCUGGAAUUCCGAUCCUUUCACAGUCCUUGGCCGCAAUGGAUACUUGUAUGGGCGCGGCGUAACGGAUAACAAGGGGCCAAUAAUCGCUAUCGCUUGUGCAGCUGCCGAGCUUCUCAGAAGGCGAGCCCUUGGCGUGGAUCUUAUCUUCUUGAUCGAAGGAGAGGAGGAAGUAGGAAGCACCGGCUUCAUGGAUACCGUACGAAAACACAAGGUUUUCCCUCACUCUCUUCCCCGCUGCACUGCCACUUAUUCUCACCAGGCGCAGAUAGGAAGCAUCGACGCAAUCCUUUUAAGCAAUUCUACGUGGAUAACUGAGUAUCCACCAUGUAUUACUUACGGCUUACGAGGCGUCGUGCACGCAACCCUUGCGAUCUCAAGUGGAGCUCCGGACCAGCAUUCUGGAGUUGAAGGUGGUGCGGUAGUUGAACCGAUGUUAGACAUGAUUCGUUUGCUUUCAACACUAACAGAUAGUCAGAGGAAAGUAGCUAUUCCCGGGUUUUAUGAAAGUGUUAGACAACAGACGGAAGACGAAAAGCAGCUAUACACACUCUUGUCUCAGGUGACAAGAAGCCCGGGCUCUGUCCUAUCAUCAAGGUGGCGAGAACCGUCCCUUACCGUCCAUAACCUUGCUGUAUCAGGACCUGGAAACUCCACUGUCAUUCCCGGCACGGUUACAGCCCAAGUUUCGCUACGUAUCGUACCCGAUCAGGACUUAGAGACUGUAUCGCGAUCCGUCGUGUCGCAUUUACAAGCUUCUUUCAAUUCUUUCAAUUCUCCCAAUGCGUUAUCGGUUACUAUUGAGCGAACAGCCGACUGGUGGCUUGGGGACUUGGAUGGUCCGUGGUUUAACGCACUUGAGUCUGCUGUUCACGAAGAAUGGGGAGUGCAACCACUUCGAAUAAGGGAGGGCGGGUCUAUACCCUCUAUACCCAACCUAGAGAAAGAGUUUGGUUGUCGAGCGCUUCACCUUCCUCUGGGUCAAAGCAUGGACCGAGCCCAUCUGCCCAACGAACGUAUUUCUCUUGCUAAUCUCCGCCGCGGGAAGUCAGUUGUCGAACGAUUUUUGGCUAAAGUUGCCAAUGUCGACAUAAAGCGUUGACGGCCUGCACGAUUGUACUGGUAUAGACGGGAUAGAAUGCAUUGUAUAAUAGUACACUGCGGAUUUCGUUGUGGUCGCAUGAAUUUGUUUAUGAACUUGGGG